ACUGUUUUACUUUGCAGAGAGCAAAAACUAGCGGAGGAAAAUAGUUAGCCAAGACCAAAUUCUCAGUGGCUGUAUGUUGAGCAGUUCUGUAGAGUUUGAAGGAAGCAAAAAAAUCAUUCUUUCAAGUGGAAAUCUUCAUCGUAAUCACCAUAGGGAUAAAUUUGCAGGAAAGGGGAGUAGAGAUACAAGAGAUGAGGGAGUUUUGAAGGCUGCUAAGUUCUUUCAAGAUUUUUAUCACUCCCAUCAGCCUUUACCAGCUUUUAAUUAUCAGGUUUUUGGUGGAAAGGGUAAGAGGCCCCAAGCCUACAAUUGCAUUUCCCUUUCAUGAAGGUUGAAUUUAGCAAUCAAAUUGCAUUUGUUGAAAUAAGAUACCUGUUAGUUUUCCAAAUUCUGACAACACCGUUGACAAUUGUUGCUAGACUGUCUGGAGAGACUUGCUGGUACAUGUGUAAAUCUUGAUAGAAAUUUACCUUUUGUUCCUUUGCUAAAAAUAAGAAACUCCCUAGUUCGUAUCAGAUAUGGAGGGGAAAAAAACAAAAACGCAAAAAGAUUUUACUGCUUUCAUAAAAGGUAGUGGACUCAAAUUGCAAUACAAGAAAUUCCAUUUAUAUGCUUUUUUUUAAGAAGGCUUUUUCGUUGUGAAGCUGAACGUUGAAACAGGCAGCUCAGGAAAGUUUUGGAGUUUCCAUCAUAGAAUCAUUGAAUGACCUGGGAUGGAAGGGACCCCAAGGAUCAUCAAGUUCCAACCCCUGCUACAGGCAGGGCCACCAACCUCCAGAUCUGUACUAGAGCUGACUGCUCAGGGCCCAUCUGAACUGAACACCUGCAGGGAUGGAGCAUCCACCGCCUCUCCAGGCAGCCUGUUCCAGCACCUCACUGCUCUGUGAAGAGCUUCCCCCUGACAUCCAAUCUAAACCUUCCCUCCUUGAGCUUAAUGAGGCAGUGCAAAACAAAGAGGCAGACAGUCUUGGUGUAUAUGUUUAUGCCUAGACAUCCUCUUCUGCUGCUUCACCAUUUGCUGACUUUUCAUGGACACAGUGCAAAAACUGCUGCCAAAGUGGCAUUGUCCAUGUGUGAACUUUCCCCUUAAAACCCUGUGCCCUUCAUAAACUGCAUCAGCCUACAUGGCAGUAGGAAUUAGUCUCCUGUUCUGGGUACAGCACUUUUUUCUCCUGUUCUCUCUGGAUUAUGCUUCCUUGCGUACACCUUUACAUACCUCAGGUGCUUAGGUUUGUAUUUUACUUCUCGUUGCUGUGGAAUGUACAUGUGCCUAUCCUUGUGCUCUGCUGUGCUGUGCAUUUCUCUUUGCUCUGUUCUUUUUCCCUCUCCCUGUUGCUUUAACUCAGAAUUGUACUUUUGCAGCCUAAGCUGGACUUCAGCUCUUUCAAAGCCCACUUGAUUGUUUUUCAUGCCUUUUUCAGUGAACUGUUUUCCUACAAUCCCCCUGUCCCCUUCCAGUCUGUUAGUGCUUUUCUUUUGUACUUUGUUAAACGAGACCUGAGGGUCUUUGACCUAAGUUGUAUGGUAGCUGUAGCUAAGUCGUGUUCUCCCUUCUCUUUGUCUCAGCUGUUGGGGUUUGACCUGUGCUUCUCUUGGCAUGGAACAAACAAGCAUCUCCACAGUUGACCGUUCUGCCCUCGGCAAGGCAUGUCAGUAGCUUUCACACUUCUUAGCCAAAAAGUGAAUAUAAGUAAGACCUCGGUUCAGUUUAUCUCUUGUAGAUUUUUAACUUUUGUCUCCUAUCCUGGGUGUAUAUUUGACACUGAUUUCCUGGUUUGACAGAAUUCCCUCUGGAGAAAGCCAUCCUUGCUUUUAUUACUGCAGAGUCUGUAUGGGGGGAAUGUUUCAUGAGGUUUCUGGAAGACACAAGGCUGUCUUGAUUAUCAGCUUGUUGUCAUUCCCAAACUUCUUAAUCCUUUUGCUGCACAUUUCAAACACUGAAGCUUAGGUGCAGUGACACAGGUCCCCCAGAAAUGUACCAUGCACGUGUGAUAUGAGAAGAGUUCUGUCUCCCUGGCUGAAAAAUGACUGAUUUCCACUGCUUAAAGGUCACACCAGUUUCUGACCCCACACAUUUUAACGGGGUCUUGGACUGUAUCACAGCACUCAACAAAACAGCCGUCAUUACAGUGGAGUUUGCACUGCUGGAGACUGAGCAGCACUAUUGGCUGCCCUUUAGAGCAUCUCUGUUCUGCUCCAGGCAGCCACCUGCUCUUCUACCAUGUGUUAGACCAGUGUGGAGAAUUGAGGUGCAUAUAUUAUAUUUGGUAAAUGAGUCCUUUCAGUCCGUGCUUUUUGCUUAGGGCCCUGACAUACAGUUCCAAGGUUCUGGCUGCCACUUUGAAAUCAUGUGAGAUGGAAUAUGUGUAAUAGAGAUAAGUAUUUGAAGGAGGAAAGUUGAUUUACCAGUAACUGAACUCUUUGAGAACAUUUUUCCCUUGUACGCUCUCCAACAGCAAAGACAGUUUAAUGUUUACCACUCCUUUUUCUUUCCAUCUGCUCAUCUCUUCUCAUUCAUUCCCUUUUUGCCACAAUUUACAACCCUUUGCUUCCCUCUUUAGCCAGUGUUAAUUGGAUCAGCUGGAAUUACAUUAGUGAAAGGAAUCAGGAUAAACAUACUUUUUUAACCUAAAAAACAGAGCAGGCAAGACAAACAGAGGAGAGCAAUUUCCUAAGCCUGUCUUAGUGCCAAAGCUAAUAUGCUAAGCUAUGGUUUGAGAAGCUGGGACGAUGCAGAGCUCUUAACACCACCCUGUUGUUGCAGUAAUAAGCAAAGAAAUAGCAAUGCGUGCAUUGUGUACCUAAUGUUGGAAAAGUACAAAAGUACAGCAUGAAAGCUGGAGUGUUUGAGACAUGCUUACACCCACGGUGAAAGUGCAAACAGGUAACCUGAUAGGAUACCCAUACAGCUACAUAACUUUACUGUGGAACAAAAAAAACCAUCGUGUGUUUGGCAUGAUGAUUUCAUGUACUGUUCUGGCUUUGCUACUCCAUACUGGAGGAAAAGAAAAAUAUUCUUACCUAGUUUUUAAGUUUCCACAGUAUGAAAUCCAUUCUGAGAAUGUACUGUGCUCCUAAAUCACUUGGGCAUCACUUAGGCUGCUUUUCAUGUACUGCUGUUAAACACAGUGCCUGGAUGUGACUGAUCCAACGUGCUACCCAAAAGCCCUGAUCAUAUUGGAGAACGCUCCGGGGAGACCUCAUUGUGGCCUUGUAAGGGAGGCAUAUAAACAGCAAAAUCUGCCAGUCAGGGCAAAUUACACGAGUGAUUCUGUGGAGGCUGAAGCGGGAUCGCUGAACUCAUUGUCACGCGUGGCUGAACAGAGAACUGAGCCUUGUGAAAGCUUCAAGAGACUGUCAAAAGGAAGUUGGAAGGCGCACGAUCACCUCUGAAUGGAGAGCAGCAGAAUGGAGUUUGCGAUGGCAGCUUUUCUCCAACCAGCAAGCGGAUACGGAAAGAUGUACCAGGCAUCGAGGCGAUCAACAGCUUGCCCAAUAACUUGCCUUUGCCUGCCGUUUCUCCUCUUCACCAGCUUGACAUGAAAGCAUCCUUGCCCCUGCAGAACAGUGGAACUCACGGCAGUGGGCUAGAGGACUUGGGUAAAAAUGGUGGGCUUUCAGAGAUAAAGCUCCCUGUUAAUGGGUGCAGUGAGUUAGACGAUGGUUUUAAUGUCCUGCAGAACAAGGAACUAAAGCAAGAGCCUUUGGACGAUCCUACCUGCAUAGACACUUCGGAGACAUCCCUUUCAAAUCAGAACAAACUCUUCUCAGACAUCAAUCUGAACGAUCAAGAGUGGCAGGAGCUAAUAGAUGAACUAGCAAACACCGUUCCGGAAGAUGACAUACAAGAUUUGUUCAAUGAAGACUUCGAAGAGAAGAAAGAGUCGGACCUUAUGAGGCCUGCCGCAGAGACUCAAGAGAGUGCAAGCGUCAAAAGCGAUCCAUCUCAUUCCCCAUUUGCUCAUGUUCCAUUAGGAUCUCCCCAGGUGAGGCCGUCUUCCUCUGGUCCUCCGUUCUCAAAUGUUUCCACAGCCUCUAGCGUGACUUCUGUAUCCAGUGCUCCACCAGCUCCAAUCCCUGCAGGCUCACCAGCAAACUGUGUUGUUCAGUCGCCUCAGACUCCCAACCAGGCCCAUACUCCAGGCCAAACUCAGACACGAUCUGGAAACGGGUAUCUUAUGAACCCAGCAGCAGCAGCAGUGGCGGGAUCAGGGCCUGGACCGGUGAAUCUACCGAGUGCUGACUUGUCUCCAGCUGAACAGCUCAAGCAAAUGGCCGCACAGCAGCAGCAGAGAGCUAAGCUCAUGCAGCAGAAGCAGCAGCAGCAUCCAAAUCAAGCCUCAAGCUGGUCGCCUGUGGGCCCUCCAUCUAGUCCGUACGGAGGGCCUUUCAGUGCAGAGAAACCAAAUAGUCCAAUGAUGUAUCCCCAAGCCUUUAACAACCAAAACCCAAUAGUGCCUCCUAUGGCCAACAAUCCACAGAAGACCACGAUGAAUAACUACCUCCCUCAGAAUCACAUGAACAUGAUCAAUCAGCAGCCAAAUAACCUGGGCACAAACUCUUUAAGCAAACAGCCUAAUAUGCUUUCUUAUGGCAACACCAAACCUCUGACCCACUUCAGUGCUGAGCUGAGCCAGAGGAUGACCCCACCAAUGGCAAAUCCCAGCAAGAACCCCAUGAUGCCGUACAUACAGCAGCAGCAGUCCCAGCAGCCACAGAUGCAAGCUCAGAUGGGACACCUGAGUGAGGAACAGAAACGCAUGCUCAUCAUGAAGCAGAAAGGAAUGAUGAACCAGCCCAUGGCAUAUGCAACACUUCCUUCCCUUGGUCAGGAGCAGCACCAGGUGGGACUGUCCCGGAGCACAGCACCUAUGCAGCCCUCUGUCCCACCAGGAGCCAGCAGCGUGGUCACAGGCACGAGCUCAGGGGGGGCCUUCCUGGGCAACCAGCCGCAAGCGGCCAUCAUGAAGCAGAUGCUGAUCGAGCAGAGAGCCCAGCUGCACGUGAUAGAGCAGCAGAAGCAGCAGUUCCUAAGAGAGCAGAGGCAGCAACAGCAGCAGAUCUUAGCAGAGCAGCAGUUGCAGCAGCAGUCACAUUUGCCUCGGCAGCAUCUGCAGCAACAGCGGAGCCCAUAUCCAGUGCCACAGGUCAAUCAGUUCCAAGGUUCUCCCCAGGACAUAGCAGCUGCAAGAAACCAAGCAGCGCUCCAGAGCAUGAGGACGUCCCGAAUGAUGGCCCAGAGCACGAGCAUGAUGGCAAUGGGUCCCUCCCAGAACCCGAGCACGCUGCCCACCACGGUGGGCCAGUCAGACCUGGGCAUGGCUCCUUACAGCAACGCCUCCUCCAGCCAGCCGGGAAUGUACAGCAUGAGCACAGGGAUGAGCCAAAUGUUGCAGCACCCAAACCAAAGCAGCAUGAACAUGGCGCAUAACGCAGGCCAGGGAACGAGGCAGACUGCCUCUGGACAAGUGGUGGGAAUGGUCAGCAGUUUUGGUCAGAACAUGCUCGUAAACUCUGCUCUUCCCCAGCAUCAACAGCAGAUGAAAGGAGCGGUGGGCCAGGUCUUACCCAGGCCGCAAGCACCACGGCUUCAGAGCCUGAUGGGAACCGUCCCUCAGGGAACGCAGAACUGGCAGCAGCGAGGCUUGCAAGGUAUACCCGGAAGGACUAGCGGCGAAAUUGGGCCUUUCAAUAACGGCACGGCGUAUCCAAUGCAGUCUGGGCAGCCUCGGCUGCCCAAGCAGCAUUUCCCACAGGGACUCAACCAGACAGUUGUGGACACGAGCGGAACAGUGAGAGCCCUGAACCCGGCAAUGGGGAGACAGUUGCUGCAGCCGCUGCCCGGGCAGCAGGGAACCAGCCAGGCCAGGCCGAUGGUGAUGCCUGCAAUAAGCCAGGGGGUCCCCACCAUGUCUGGUUUUAGCCAGCCUUCCGCGCAGCAGAUGCCAGGUGGUAGCUUUGCUCCGAGCAGCCAAGGCCAGGCCUAUGAGAGGAAUCCCACUCAGGACAUAUCUUACAGCUACAGUAACGAAGGAGCUGGGGGCUCGUUCUCCAGUUUAGCAGAGGGCGCAGACCUCGUGGACUCCAUCGUCAAGAGCGGACCAGGGGAUGAGUGGAUACAAGAACUCGAUGAGUUGUUCGGAAACCCCCAGUGAAUGGGCUUGUAUAGUCUGGAGUUUGGGUUGUUCCGUUUGAAGAAAUCAAAGAGAGGGUUGGAUGCGCUCCCCAUCCUCGGAUCGUUGGGGUUUUUUGUUUGAAUUGGUUUGGGUUCUUUCGUUUGUUUUCUUUUGUAUUUAAUCGUGCAAAUCGAGCUGAUCUGUAGCCAACUUGGGAAGGUUCGGGUGAUGCUGAGAACAUUGGUAUCACAAGACUUCCACAGGCAGUCUCCACUGCGUGGCAGCACCUGCUGCGUGGGUGCAGGGCAGGAUGGGGAAACUGGAAAAGCCAGCUGAUGCCUCUGAAAGGGAACAGGGUGGUCUUUCUCUGCUGAAAUGAGGUUUCCUUGCACAGCAGUAUGGGCUAGCCCCGAUGUGUCCCACCUCACGUAACUGCGAAGGCCGCGGCUUUCAGGGUAGCAGAUGGAAGCCCGAAGAAGCCCACCGAUGACCACGCACAACCAGCCUUGGUGUCGGCAGGCCUCGGCGAACCGUGGCCAGGCUCUGGACUGCUGCAAGGGGCGUACAUGUGACAAACCUAAACAGUCACAGAGGGGUCACCAUUUUCACUGCAGAGUGAUAAAAAUCCAGUAGGAGUGUAACAGAACGUGAAUGUGGUUGCGCAGUGAGGACAGUGUGAUUACUGGAUCACUGCUGGAGAUGGCUUUAGGGAGUGGGUUGUGUAAGGAGCUAUUUAGUCCCCAAGGGACUUGCAGUAGUGCUUCCCUGUCAGAGCACUUUGCGUGCCCGGGUUGCAGAACAGAGCUGAGAGAGAUGCGAAGGCACGAGGGGACACCAGCGAAAGUCCUAAGGAGGUCCCUGUCUCUCCUCCCUCCCCGGUAUGUUUUCAUACAUCCCCCUCCCAUCUGUCAGUGUAAAAGAAACUAAAGUCACUGCGCUUUUCUUCACAAAGGGGCAGGAAGGAGAUCAGAAGGCAGGAAGGAGAAGAUGUGCGGGGAGGGUCUGGCAAGCAGGAACGAGUUCCUCCUCUCAUAUUGCAAAACGCAGGCUCAGCAGGUUGGUGUGCAUGGGCUCUCAACCUGACAUUUAGUGCCACCUGGUCUUCUGUUUUAAGCAAGCGGUGGUCUAACCUCCUUUGUUUGCUGGAAUAACAUUCACUGCAGUAUUUGAAAAGUGGGAGCCAAGGAAGGACUACAGUGAACAGCAUGAAUGAAUGGCUAAAAUAGCGGAUUUAGGCAUCAAAAACAUCGAGUCUGCCUAAAUAUGCUUUUAGGUAACAGUGACGUAUCACCGUCUCCACUGUCUAUUUCCACUGUGUGGACCGGUGCCGAGAGCACUGCAGUGAAGGGGUGAUCCGUCUUCCACAGAGACGCUGGCCAUUCUGAUUGCCUGAUGCAGCCGGGGCCCGAGCCAAGGAGAGCUGCCCUCCAAAACCUGCCUCAGCUGAGAGCUGCCCACUGGGGUGGGUCACGCUUACCCCAUUCUGAAGCACAGCACGAGGUCUCAUUCCGGUCGCUGCCAAGGAUGGCAGAGGUUUGCCUGUCCGCUACUGCAGCAGGAGCCGGGUCAGGCCCCAGCGCAGCGAGCGAGAGCAGCAGCCAAAGUUCUCAGCCCACAGCCACGCCGCGGGCAGACGACUCUUGUGGGGACGAGCGUGAGGGAAGGGACAGCCCACAGUGGCAGCCCCCUGAGGGACAGGGGCAAGGGAGCAGCGUGGGGGCACAGGCGGGCCACUGGGAAGAGCAGCUCUGCGUGUGGACGGUGGCCAGCAGCGAGCUGUUGUCUUUGCAAAGCUUCCUCCAAAUACUCCGUACUGGGACCAAGUACUAGACGUAGAUUUUAAUAGAUUUGAGGUUUUUUGGUUGGUUUUUUUUUUUUUUUUCUCCUCCUUACUAUGGUGCUGAUGUAUAUGUAAUAUUAAAAAAAAAAAAAAAAAAAAAAAAAAAGUUAUUUGUAAAUAUGUUUUUACAAUUCUACAGAUAUCACUGGGUCUACUAUCUGUAAAAUAUAUACAUAUAAAAAUAUAUAUAUAUACUGUUUGUUUAAAAUAGAGUAUUUUUAUUUCAUUCCUUAACUCAUCCUUCCUGCAGUGGUAUUGCACUUCAGAUGAUGUCUGAUUACUAAUUUGUACUGUAUCCCUGAUGGCAACUUGCUCCAUUUUAUUCAGAUUUUUCUAGUUUUCUGUUUUUACUUUGUACAUUAAGCAUUGCUUAUUUCCUUUUAAGACCUGUACAGAGCUCUGAAAAUGUAGAAAAAAAAGCUGAUGUUAACAUACCACUUUUAAAGAAAAAAAGAAAAGAAAAAAAAAAAAAGAAACA